GAUAUAUAAACAAGCUGAAUAUCCAUAAUGAAGAAGUUCUUUACGAGCUAAUUGAGAAGCGCCAACCAGGAACCCCCCUCUUGACUAUCUGCAACCAUCAGUCCUGCAUGGAUGACCCACAUCUUUGGGGUAUCCUGAGAUUACGACAUGUCUGGAACUUACAGAAGAUGCGGUGGACUCCAACAGCUGCAGAUAUCUGCUUCACCAAGGAGCUGCAUUCCCAUUUCUUUAGCCUUGGGCGAUGUGUUCCUGUCUGUCGGGGAGACGGAGUCUACCAAAAAGGCAUGGACUAUAUACUAGAGAAGCUCAACUGUGGUGACUGGGUGCACAUGUUUCCAGAAGGUAAAGUAAACAUGACCCAGGAGUUCAUGCGCUUCAAAUGGGGUAUUGGCCGUCUUCUGGCUGAAUGCCGUCUGCACCCCAUUAUACUGCCACUCUGGCAUGUAGAUGGAGAUGCGAAAAGCCCUGACUGAUUUCGUUCAGGAAGAGGUCCAGACUCUAAAGGAUCAGGCCGAGAGGCUGCAUCAGACUUUCAAGCUACAGGCCUAGUGUCGACUAGACCAAGCAGCAGCUCUGUUACCGAAACAUGGACUAUCCACUCGUAGUCUACGGCAAGACAUGCUGUCUAUGCACAGACUACUUUUAACCCGUCGCUUUUAAGUUAAAUUUUUAUCCUUUCUCCACCUACCAUCCACGCCCUGCUGCAGAUGGAAUGGCAUUGCAUGCAGAAGAUUGGAUGAAAGCUCCGAUAACCCUUUGUCGACCUUCACGCUCUCCUGACUGUACUGGCUUUGGUGUCUGCCACCCGAAGGGAGGGACUUGCAAUGACUACUGUAUGUAGUUCGCUCUUGCUGGAACCUAGAGGUGUUGGGACAACGGCUGGUCGUGCAAGAACAGGAAGAGGAGGGGAUGCGGGGAGCGGGAGGGGGGGGAACCCAUCUCCAUCCUGUUCUUGCAAAUAUCUCCGCUCAUUGGAGGAAUAGAUAAUGCAUUUUGUACAUUUCCUCUUUUUGUAGACUAUUGGUUUGCAAAUGGUUUUAUACUUGAAAACUCUCCCCCCCCAACCCACUCCCCCAAUAAAUGAUUCAGACCUGUUGCA